CAACUAUAAAGAUUUCAGUCUUCCUGUUCAACAUUCCUGCAGCCAUUUAUUAAUUCUUCUGCCUCACCCUUUUUACUGUUUGAAGUAGGAUAUUCAUACUUGAAACAAGGAGAUUUACAAGCGCUAAGAAGCUCCUACUGACAAGAGGAAAAGACAGGUGUCUGGGAAUUAGUCUGAGAAAACUAUGAGUUCUCAGCAGAAUAAUGCAAAUCGUAAUAUGAGUGAAGAGAAAGAGCGUCAGAGAAACAGAACUAUAGACAAGGAAGCACAGAGAGCGAAUCUGGUGAAAAGUGGAAAUCGUUUUAUCACUAAAUUCAUUAGUGCCAUUUCAGAUGAUCAACAUCUACCUAAGGAGCAAAAGGACAAGUAUAUACAAAGGCUUCUCCAUGCCAUCUUCUUCAUUGGAUAUGUUAAUGACCCUUCUGUCUCACCAAUGGAAUUUCUAUCCAAUAUUAAUAACCUUUGGGAAGUAAUAAAGAAAAAAUACCCAGAGCCAUGUGAAAAAUACCUGACCCAUCUGCCCCGUCAAACACCCUACUCCAUUCUUCUAGAAUAUAUGGGAAGAAAUAUGCCCAGUAAUGAUACAGAAUUAAUGAAAAAGCUGGUUACAUUUAAUACAUCCCUGUUGCAACUAGGACAUGAGAAUCAAGAGGCACUGAUGGCCAAUGAUUUUUCUUUUGCAGCUUCUGUUAUCGCAUGCAGUAAAUAUGAUGAUAAAAAAACAAGCAUCAGUACCUAUGGGGCCUCAUUGUCCUGCAAAGGAAAAGAUCUCAGAAAACUCAUGAUUGCAAUAUCCACCCUCCACGUGUGGCAUAAAGCCAUUUCCUAUGUUGUGUGCUGUGGCAAUAGAGGUGAUAGAAUUGAAUUCUAUAACCAUUUCUACUGUAAUGCUUUUAAUGUUGCAUAUAAUAUUAACGCACAAAAGUACAUGUACAUUCCUGUUUCUCCUUGUAAACUGUGCCACAAAAUGUAUAAAAAUGUGACUUUUUGCCCAGGAUUUGACAACAAAAACGCAUCCUGGGCAUAUGGUAACUGUGGGGAGACUGAAUCAUUCAGCAAAUUGCUGCUGCGCUUGGAGGAUUCAAAAAAUUAUCACCUUUUCACUGUGAUCAAUAGCAAAGAGAAGUCUCUCAAUGGAUUAGACAUAGAGGAUACAUUUAACAAAGAGCACAAAAAGCCAAUGACCGAUUAUGUUAAUAACAUUCUCAAGCAGCGCAAAUUCAAUUUUGAUCCAAAAGACUGGCAGCUCUUCUCGCCAGUCUGACCUAAAACUGCUACUGAUUUCAUAUUGUGCUGCAAGACCAAAGCGCACCAGACACAUUAAGUGGGUGUUGGAAUUACAGAGCAAAUAGUGCAUUGUGGGCAUACUACUAUGUCUGAUGGGGAGUGAUUUUUCUUGGGGAUAUUAAUUAUAAUAUUUUGGUAAUUGUGAUGCUAGGACUAUAAAAAAGGUUAACCAAUAAAUUGAUCUUGUUAUUGCACAGUAAA